AUGACAGCAUCCAACUACCAAGUUCUGAUCACUGGAGAACAGGACAUCAAGGUUGCUGAGAAGCGGCGCAGCAUCUAUCUCCGACCGUUUCUGUUAUUUUGGCUCAACUCGCUAUUUGCUGAAGUCAUCUUCCUCGCGGUUGGAGUUCUCAUCAUGACCGGUACUCGGGACCUUUUCUACAAAGUUAUGUGGACUCUGGUCUUCUGUCCCCUGGGCAUGGGUGGAGCAAUGGGAGGUCUUAUCAACAUCUUCAUCGUCGACCACUACUACGGAAAAAAGGCAGCACAUUUCACAGCUAUUCUUUCGCUCCUUUUACUGAGCACUUGCAACUAUCUCUGCUAUAGCCUUGACCGACACUUCGGUUGGUUUGGUGCAGCAGAGCAUCCAAUGUGGUUUCAUUGGCGGUACCCUAUGAUUUGGGUAGUUGGCUAUUACAACGGCCUUCUUCUCUUUACCGACAAGGGGCAAGAGCGACUUGCUAAGCUUGGCCUCUAG